AUGAAGACUACGAUUCUGCUGUUUUGUCUUCUAGGAUCAACUCAGUCAUUACCAAAGCAGAUUGGCCCCACUCUGGGACUUCCUCCAACAAAAUCUCCAGAUCAGGUGACACUACUGACCCAACAGCAAGCAAAUCAGGUCUUUCCUUCCAUAAGUCUAAUACCGCUAGCACAGCUGCUCACCCUGGGGUCAGACCUGCAAGUGCUCAACCCUGCCACUGGACCAGCACGUGGUACACAGAUGCUCCCUUUCCCCCUAGGGCCGCUGAACAGACCACAGCAGCUGCAGCCCCAGAUGCUACCCAUUAUUGUGGCACCACUUGGAGCUCAGGGUACUCUCCUAAGCUCAGAGGAAUUGCCACUAGCCUCACAAAUGUUCACAGGCCUCCUUAUCCACCCCUUGUUCCCUGGAGGCAUUCUGCCCUCCAGUCAGACAGGGGUUAAACCAGAUGUACAAAAGGGAGUUCUUCCUACCAGACAGGCAGGAGCAAGCCCUGCUGUACAGGGAACCACCCAGGGCCAAGUCACAACUCCUGGUGUCACAGAUGAUGACGACUAUGAAACCAGCACCCCUGUAGGCAUGAGAAGGGGCACACACACCACGGAUGGAACCACUCUAGACCCACCGAACAGUAAGUUGUCCAUGCUCAUCACCAAGAAGGUCAUCUGCAGAGUGGCAGAGAGGAGUUCUUUGCCUUUGCACUGA